AGGUGCAUCAUGGGUAAAUAAAAAUGUCGUGCACUCAUUGACCUCGUAUGGAAACACUUUCACUGCCGAUAAGCAACUUCAGCUACCGGCACAAGAACUGGUUUGAAGAAGUUACCUUUCCAGAAUCCAUGGCGAGAGAGCUGGCACGUCAAGCUGCUGCGCCGACGGUUUCUCAAGCCCAUUCUUCUUCUUCUUUUGCACUCCUAGCCCGGCUUGUGAAACGACGAGAUAAAGCAUGGCACAACCAACAAAAGAUGAUUCAAACAAGUGAAAGGGGGUGAGGAGAGAGUUAAACCCUGCACCCAUUGUCCAUCACAAAGAGACAUCAUCCCACCCCCACCUCGCUUCUUCUCUCAUCAUUAUAUCCAUUUGGAAACAUGUCAGUCCCGCUCUUCCUCUGGAAAAAAACAGACUGUCACACGGCAUUAGCUUGUUGCUCCCAGACUGUUUGGCCAAGCUCACUGGAGCGUCGCUGGGUCGUUUGAGCCGAGCCAAGUGAGACACAGGAGGGCCAUUCAGAAGAGCCGAGGGUCAAAGGUGAGAAGAGCAGAGGGCACUAUGAGCGAGCCGGGGCCCCCAGCUUCCACAAGCGGCAGCACCGGGACCACCAUUUCCUCCAGCGCCACCAGCUCUUUCUCCACCACCACUACCACCACAGCCACCAACAGUAGCACCAUGACCGCUUCUACUACUAUUACUACUACUACUACUGCUGCUGCUACUACUACUCCUUCUACUACUGCUUUUAGUAGCAGUACUAAUAGUAACAAUAGCAGCGCUAGUAGUAGUUCCACUAGCACCACCACCACCACUACAGCGAGACAGGCAGUGCCUCAAAUUUCUGUUUACAGUGGAAUACCCGACCGGCAAACUGUCCAGGUGAUCCAACAAGCUUUCCACAGGCAGCCCAACACGGCCGCCCAGUACCUGCAGCAGAUGUACGCAGCCCAGCAGCAGCAUCUCAUGUUGCAGACUGCCGCCCUGCAGCAGCAGCACAGCCUCAGCACCGCUCAGCUGCAGAGCCUGGCCGCCGUGCAGCAGGCCAGUAUUGCAGCUGGUCGCCAGAACUCCUCCCAGAACGGCACGCCAUCUCAGCAAACGGGGUCAACUCAGGCCACGAUCAACCUGACCACCUCGCCGGCUACAGCUCAGCUGAUCAGCCGGGCGCAGAGCAUCCCUUCCACUCCCACCAGUAUUUCCCAGCAGGCGGUUCUUCUGGGCAGCCCUUCAAGCACCACCCUCACAGCCAGUCAAGCACAGAUGUACCUGCGUGCACAGAUGGCCCAGCAGAGCAAUGUUUUCCAGGCCCAGCAGAGUAACCUUGUGCAAGUGGCCAGGAGUUUGGGCCGAGCCGUUCCGCUGUCGUCGCAGCUGAUCUUCACUCCGACGGCCACAGUGACCGCCGUGCAGUCUGAGAGCUCCACACAGGCCUCCUCACAAAAUCAGGUUCAAAAUCUGGCCAUACGUGGCCAGCAGGUGGCGACCACAUCUUCCUCUCAGACCCUGCAGGCCCUCAGUCUGAAGCAAACCCCCGUCCCCAUCCAGCCUGCCUCGCUCAUCAAAAACCCCGGCCAGGGGGCCAGCCAACUUUCCGCAGGAGGUAAGACGGGCUCCUCUGAGAGCACGUCUUCUGAGGGAGGAAAGAAGGGGGAUGCCACGGCGGUCACAGAGGCCCAAGCCAUCAACAUGAGCCGCAGUGUCACAGCACUUAGUGCGCAGCCUCUCAUUGCUCCAGCCUACACACAAAUCCAGCCCCACUCCCUGGUCCAGCAGCACAAGCAGCAGCAGUUUUUGGUCCAUCAGAGCCAAAGCUCCCAAAGGAUGCCCGGUCAGCUCCUGCAGACUGCCUCCAUUCAGCCGUCGCAGCACCCAGUACCCGUGUUGCCCAAACCUGCGCCGCAUCAGACUUUGACAUCCAGCCCGCAGGCCACCAUCUUCCACUCCACCAUCAGCACCCACACCCUCCACUCUGCCCCCACCCCAACUUCCUCCUGCUCCUCAUUGGCCAAAGCCCAGCCCGUGCAGCUCACAGCCAUCAACUUACAAAUCCAGCCCACGGCCUCUCGAAUGGUUCAGGACAGUAAAGAUAAGCCAACUUCCCUGGUGGUGAGAGAGACGUGUGCUGCCCCUACCACACAGCAGCAACAAAAGCCGCCACCUCUACCACCACAACUACCUCCCCCACCAACGCCACUACCACAACAACAAAAGCAGCAGCAGCAGCAGCAGCACAGUGUACCAACACCAUCACAACCCACCAAGGCUGGAGAGCAGCCCAAGUCCAACCCAACAACACCCGCUGUUCAGCCGCAAGGAGGGGCUACAACUAAGAGACCCACUGCUGCACCACGGACCCCGCCCCCAGCUAUGACCUCAGGAAAUGAGAGCGAAGCGCCCAGUGUGACGGCUGUCGCGCCGCACAACGGCGAGAACAAGCUUCCCCAGGCUAUAGUCAAACCCCAGGUCCUCACGCACGUCAUCGAAGGCUUUGUCAUCCAGGAGGGCGCCGAGCCGUUCCCAGUGUGUGUGGAGCGUCUUCCUAUCCUCAUUAACAGCCCCAAGAAGCUGGACAGUCAGCUCUCCUCCGACCCUGACAAAACUCCUGUCAGCAAUGCAGCAAACUCCGACUCUGAGCCUGAAGACAUGAACCAUCCAGAACAGGAACAAGAACCCAAGCUGACGUGUGAAUACUGUGGCUGGGUGGACUUUGCCUAUACUUUCAAGGGCUCCAAAAGGUUCUGCUCCAUGGUUUGUGCAAAGAGGUACAAUGUGGGCUGUACAAAGCGUAUAGGACUGUUUCGCCCAGAGAAGACCAAACCAACAAAUCGCUGGCGUAGGAGGAGUCAGGGCCGUUCAAGCAUUGAAGCAAAGAAACGGAAGAUGUCCCCGUCUCCGCAGCAAACUCAGGCCAGCUCUGUAUCAUCGCCGCAUCCCUGUCAACCCAGCCAGGAGGAGUCCAGCCCGUGUUCUGACAUGUCCAGCUACGAGGAGCCACCGUCCCCACUGUCAGCAGCCAGCUCGGGACCCCUGGCCCCGCCGACUCCGUCCUCGGUCCCGGUCCCUGUCCAGCAGCAGCAGCCCAGUCGGGCCUCGUCGGAGCAGGACGGCUGCGCAGGGAGGGACAACACGGACGCUUUGUGUCAGCCUUUCUUACCCAACGACCCCACCAAGUGGAACGUGGAGGAAGUGUACGAGUUCAUCUGUUCGCUGCCAGGAUGUCAGGAGAUCGCAGACGAGUUCCGCUCGCAGGAGAUUGACGGCCAAGCAUUGCUGCUGUUAAAGGAGGAUCACCUGAUGAGCACCAUGAACAUUAAACUGGGACCUGCACUCAAGAUCUUUGCACGCAUCAACAUGCUCAAGGACUCGUAGCAAGAGUGUGUGUUUGUUGCUUUGUGUGUGUGUUUGUGUGUGUAGCUCAUGUUUGCAGACUUGCCCUCUGAUGGAUGAUCUUGUGUGGCACAAGUGUGGAAGUUUUUUUUUUACUUCCUUAUGGAGAACGGAUCCCAACUUGAGAUUAAAAGUGUUAAUUUAGUUAAGUUUCUCUGGUAAGUGUGGUUUACACACAAAUAACAAUGAAGUAUAUAAAAAAAGGGCUGAGAGUCUGAUUAGUAGCACUGCUAUGAUAUGAAGUGAUUUUUUUUUGUACUUUUGUCAGCCUAGGGAAAAUAUUUUCUUUUUGGGAACAGAAGAUUGUAUUAAUUAUUGUUUUCCGUCAGGACUCUGGUCUGGUUGAGGUAAACUGCCUAGAAUCUCUAGUCUUAUGUAUUCAAAUGUUUUUCUAUGACGGUUCUGCUCAUGGCACUUAUUGUCUCAGUGUUGCCUCCACUUUUAAAGUGUGAAAUGUGGAGUUACCAGAUAUGUAAAUAGCAGCAAGAACUGAAACUGUGUGCUUAACUUAUCCUUGUUUUAUUUUAAUACAAAAAUGAUGUUUAAUAUUUUGAAAUAUGCAAAUGUAUAAAAACAAAACAACACAUUGACUUAGAGUUGUUGUUUUUUUUGUAAAGAUAUCUGUGUGUGUCUAGCAGCCAUGAUGGGAGACUUUUAUAGGUAAUAAGUGUGCUUUUUCAAAUGCUUGUAUUUAUCUGCACAGUUUGGUACACAGCUUUUUUGCGGCUAUAAAAGAUUUGAACUUUUAUUUUUAGUCUGGCCCCAUUUUGUGUACUGUCCUGUGCCCUUAUUACACAGCCACAGAUCCACUCGGUGACCACUCGGUGUCUUCAGGUAAGAGCGGGCAGCUUCUUUUUUCUUAACAUAUUGUGAUGUUCGCAUUGUUGUGCCUUUUUUUGUCUGUAAAAGUACAGUUGCAGAUAUACAGUACAUGCAGGAAGAGCUUGCUUGCUACACCUGAGGGGGGGGCCUGUUCGCUUAAGGUGCUGCUGUUGGUGCUAUGUGGAGAUGCACGGCAAACUUCAAAAGGUAUCACCUUUUUAUCUUAUCAGCGAUAUCGCAUAUAUCGUAUAUUAUAGCACAAGUGAUAAUCACUUUCAUUUUUAAAUGUAACUGACUUUUUUUGUUGACAGCACAACUUUUAAAUGACACUUUUAAGUUUGCAUGUAAUUG